UUCAACCGACGUGAAAUAAUUAAAUCAGUCAAAAAAGUAAACAAAUAUUUUAUUUUUCCUUUAUAUUUUUCCAAACCAUAAACAAACACUCUCCACUAUCUCCUCCACUAACACACAAUGGCCUCUCUCAUCUCCCUUCUCUUCUUCUUCUUCUUCUUCUUCUUCCUCUGUUCUUCGAUCACUUCUUUUCAAACAGAGAAGAAGACUUACAUAUUCCGCAUAGACAGUGGACUAAAACCAUCAGUUUUCUCAACGCACUACCAUUGGUACACUUCAGAGUUCACUCAAGGUCCACGAAUCCUCCAUCUUUACGACACAGUCUUCCAUGGCUUCUCCGCAAGUGUUACUCCCGACGACGCUCAAACCCUACGUAACCACCCUGCGGUUCUCGCUGUCUUCGAGGAUCGUCGUCGUGAACUUCACACUACUCGUUCUCCUCAGUUCUUAGGUCUACGUAACCAGAAAGGACUCUGGUCUAACUCUGACUACGGAUCUGAUGUAAUCAUCGGUGUUUUAGACACUGGAAUAACACCGGAGCGGAGAAGCUUCUCUGAUCUUAAUCUUGGACAGGUACCGAAGCGGUGGAGAGGUGUUUGUCAGACAGGAGUUAGGUUUGAUUCUAGAAACUGUAAUAGAAAAAUCAUCGGCGCUAGGUUUUUUUCUAAAGGACAACAAGCUGCCAUGUUCGGUGGGAUUAAUAAAACCGUUGAGUUUCUUUCUCCACGUGACGCUGAUGGACAUGGAACACACACUGCCUCAACUGCGGCUGGUCGUCAAGCUUUUAGGGCUAAUAUGGCUGGCUACGCUUCUGGUGUUGCUAAAGGUGUAGCCCCUAAGGCACGUAUAGCUGCUUACAAAGUGUGUUGGAAAGACUCUGGCUGUCUUGAUUCAGACAUCCUCGCUGCUUUCGAUGCUGCUGUCUCUGAUGGAGUCGAUGUUAUCUCUAUCUCCAUAGGAGGAGGAGAUGGGAUCCCUUCCCCGUAUUAUCUUGACCCUAUAGCUAUAGGUUCGUAUGGUGCGGCUUCUAUGGGAGUCUUUGUCUCUUCCUCCGCUGGGAACGACGGGCCAAAUGGGAUGUCGGUUACUAACCUAGCGCCGUGGAUAACCACUGUCGGUGCGGGGACGAUAGAUCGAGAUUUCCCGGCUGAUGUUGUUCUUGGAGAUGGACAACGUCUCCGAGGUGUUUCUCUCUACUCCGGUGUACCACUCAACCGGAUGUUGCAAGUGGUUUAUCCGGGGAAGAAUGGUAUGUUAGCUGCUUCUUUAUGUAUGGAGAACUCUCUUGAUUCUAAGGUUGUGAGAGGAAAAAUAGUUAUUUGUGACCGUGGAAGCAACGCUAGAGUAGCUAAAGGACUAGUGGUGAAGAAAGCAGGAGGUGUAGGGAUGAUACUAGCUAACACAGUCUCUAACGGUGAAGGUUUAGUUGGAGAUUCUCAUCUUAUCCCCGCCACUAACGUAGGAUCAAAGGCAGGAGAUAGAAUCAAAGCCUACGCUUCAACUCAUAUGAAUCCUAUAGCUACUAUAGAUUUUAAAGGGACGGUGAUAGGAGUUAAACCUGCUCCUGUCGUGGCUUCGUUCUCUGGUCGAGGACCAAACGGGUUAAACCCUGAGAUUUUAAAACCUGACUUGAUUGCUCCAGGGGUUAACAUCUUAGCGGCUUGGACUGAUGCCGUUGGACCAACGGGGAUAGUUACUGAUCGUAGGAAAACAGAGUUUAACAUUCUCUCUGGUACUUCUAUGGCUUGUCCUCAUGUUAGUGGAGCAGCGGCUUUGCUUAAGUCGGCUCAUCCGGAUUGGAGUCCUGCAUCUAUAAGAUCAGCUAUGAUGACUACGGCUAGCCUUGUGGAUAACUCGAACCGUUCUUUGAUAGAUGAGUCAACUGGAAAACGUUCGACACCUUAUGACUUUGGUUCGGGUCAUCUUAAUCUUGGUCGGGCUAUUGAUCCUGGUCUUGUUUAUGACAUAACUAAUGAUGACUAUAUAGCGUUUCUUUGCUCCAUUGGCUACGAGAUGAAGACGAUUCAGGUUAUUACAAGGACGCCAGUGAGAUGUCCGAGGAGGAAACCGUCGCCGGGUAAUCUUAAUUACCCUUCGAUCACGGCUUUGUUCCCAACUUCAAACAGAGGUUUGCUGAGCAAGACUCUGUUCCGGACAGUGACUAACGUUGGACAAGCUGAGGCAGUUUAUAUGGCGAGGAUAGAGUCACCUAGGGGAGUGACGGUGACUGUGAAGCCGUCGAGGUUGGUGUUUACAUCAGCCAUUAAGAAAGUAACCUAUGCUGUAACAGUGACUGUGGAUACGAAGAAUCUUGUGGUAGGUGAGUCAGGUGCGGCGUUUGGGUCAGUUACUUGGUUUGAUGGUGGAAGACAUGUGGUUCGGAGCUCUGUUGUUGUAACUCGGAUGGUUCCAUUAUGAGUCUAGUCGGGUCUGGCCUAUUAUGAGCAUGACUAAAGAAUGAAUCUUGUAUGCCAAGUAACUGUCGAAGUUUUUAAGGUUCUUAUUAGUUUUUGCCUUUUUGCUUCUUUGAUGAUAUUUAUAUUUCAUGUUUGUCUUUUUUUUUACUUUCCUUCUCUACUCUGUUUCUUUAUUGUAAUAGACAUGCAUGAACCAGUUUUAUAGGACCUUCAACGCCAAGUUGCUGCAACA